AUGAGAAAACAUCCACCAAACAGAAGAGGUAUCAGCUUUGAAGUGGGAGCCCAGUUGGAAGCCCGAGACAGAUUAAAAAACUGGUAUUUCUUAUUUCAUGAUAAAACUUGGAUACAUUUUUGUGAUGCUGUCACAUUGUGCUACAAACAGGGAGUCAAACCAACAAAAGUUCCAGUUCAGGUCUGGUUCUGAUUCAACUGCAUCAGACCAGUAGCAUUUCAGUAACUGGUUCAGAGUAUCCGAACCACCUAGUCUUGUUCUACUUUAUGUGAGGAAAACAUAAAUGGUGGUUCACAUAUAUGAUAAGGUGAUUAGUAUCAACAUGAUAAUUAUCCUAAUGUCAAUAAUACAAAAUGUUUAAAUAUAUUGUACAGAUGCAGCUAUUUAUCUAACGAUCUUUAUGUCACAUUGUAAAAGUAGAAAGUUUCAAAAACUUAGAGGCCUAGUUUGGGUGUAAUGGUAUUGUGCACUGAACUUUAGUAUUCCUAUCUUCCCUUCGUUUACACACUCAGCUUGGGGAAAAACUGCCUGGUUAAUUCACAGAUUCUGUGAUAUCUAAACCAGAAAAAUAGUUUAAUCUCUGCCUGCAAACCAUAUUGGCUGCAUUUGUACACAGUGCUAAACUAUUGUUUAGCAGUACUAUAUGCACUAGCUGGAGUGAGUCAGAGCAGAGGCUCCCACACUUCCUUCAUUUCUUCUUCAUUGACCAGGAAAAGAACAUUUACUUUCCACAAUCUGGUUUAUUACAAAUGCUGGCAAAAGUCCUGACUGCAUUGACAGUGGGGAAGCACUCAAGCCUAAGACUUUCCUCAAUACUUUUACACCUUGUUCUUAUAGCAGUAAACCAUGAUUUUAGCAUUGCAUUCUUCUCAAUAUUAGUUCUGUGAAUGCAUUAGUAGUUUAUUAUAAUUCUUUGUUUUUGGAGUCAGUAAGUGCUAUCUUUUCAGUUUUUAGUCAAACCCUUAUUCCAAACUAAUAACCUGCCCUUUUUUCUGAUUGCAUUCUCAUUCUUGUUUCAAACAGUGAUGUGGUACAGGAUAUUUUCGGUUAUGGAAAAAAUUCCAUUGCUAUGUUUUUCCACAUUAAAAAAGACUUAUUUCUAAAACUGCAUUGUUUCAUAAAAUUGUUUUUUUAAAAUAAUGACUGGAUAAAAAUAACUAGUCAAAAUGGAUUGUUCCCCUCAAAGUGUGCAUGCAGAUAUAGCACUGAGUAUGCUAAAACUGAGCAUGUUAACCAUUUACAGUGCCUUCAUUGUCCACCUUUAAAUUUGAGGGCGCAGAUGUUACUGAAUUGUAAUGUCAAUAUUGAUAAGCAUUUCAUUAAAAAAUAGUACAGCUUUGCAUUCGCUUGAAUAUAACAUCAAACAUUUCAGAUCAGAUACUUUUGGGUAUUUAGGAAAUGAGAUAUUUAUACAGCACAUAAUAUUAGCAUGGUAUCCUUUAAUAAAAAUGACAUUUUAAAAUAAUUUUGUUUAAUAAAUACGGCAGAAAUUAUAAAGUGGAUCACAGUUGAAUUCGGGCAUAAUAAAAGUUUGCAGACAGCUAACAUCACCAAUGAUUAUGUAGGUUCUGAUUAUGCUGGGUUUUCAGUUUUUUUAAAAAAGGGUUCGGUUUGACUCCCUGACAUUAACUUUGUUCUGAUUGCAAAUGUUCAUAUAGUAUUUAUUGAUUUUGCUCCCUUCACCUAAUGUCUGCUGAUCUGUAAUACAGUGCAAUCCUAUACAUGUCUACUCAGAAGUAAGUCUCAUUGAGCCUAAUGGUGCUUACUCCCAGGUAAGUGGGUAUAGGAUUGCAGCCUUUGUGUUAAAUCUGUUGUGAAGUUGGUACAGGGUUCAGCCUGAGUUUCCUGCACAAAGAACACCCAUCUGCACUUUCUUGAAAAAUAAUCUCUGAUUCAGGAUCUGGAAUCUCCAUGACUAUUUAGAGUAGACAGUACUAGACUACAUGGACCAAUAGUCCGAUCUGGCGUGAGACUGUUUCCUAAGCCACAGUGAGACCUUCUGCUUUACACCAUUUUAAUUGUUAUCAUAGUAUUACUGUUUCUGAGGUGCCAAGUGUAAGGGAUCUUGGAAGAGGCUCUGAAAAAGACAUUUGAGUCAACAAGUUGAUCAUUUGGGGAUUGCCUUCUCCCAUGUCAUCCUAGUCGCUCUCUAAGAUCGGAAGGAAUGGUUCUUCUCUGUCUUUCCUAGAGUGGAAGCACAACUGAGUGGGACAAGAGAAGAUAACUGGUAUCAUGGGAUGCUUUGCCUUUUGAAAUGUGGUUGGCUGUCUCCCUUGCUGUUUUUUGUUUGCAAGCUAUUGAAGACCAUUUCAUUGUGACCUUUUAUUUUAUGACACAUAUAUGGAUAUAUUCUGAAUUUUUUUGUUAUUUUUAUGGAAGCAUUAUGUUUUAUAUGUUGUAAACAGCCAUGAACGGUAUAUUUACUCUAGAAGGGAGCAUACUCUAAUCAAUAAAUUAUAAAAAAGAACAAUAUGGUUACGGUAUAUCCCAUUCCCCUGAGGUGUAGUGUCCUUACUCUUCAAUACCCUGCACCUUGAAAUGAAGGACCCCUGUCAAGUGGCUGAAAUAAAAACUUUGAGGAAUGCUUUAAAAGGGGGUGAACUAGUGAAUUACUUUUUCAUUCUGACUUUAUGGAGGUUGAAAGUAGAAUGUGAUAUUGUAAUUAUUAUCUGGGCGGCUUCAAACAAAAAUUAAAAAUACAUUAAAAUGUCACACAUUAAAAACUAAUAAUAAUAAUUUUUUAUUUGUACUGUUCUGAAUUGAUAAGUAGAACUUUGUUUUGUGUCAUAUGAAUAGAGAAUACUGGAAAGUUCGCUUUUUGACGUUGCUUCUUGAGGACCCACCAUGUAUAGGAAAACUGAGAAUCAAUCUUUUUUAAGAGACUGAGCCGAACCUUGACACUGCAGAACACUGAUACUAGACAUUUGUAUAGAAAGGACAGCUACACAUUUCAUUUUAAAUCAUUCUGUCUCUCUUGGGUUAAUGUAUUAUGGAAACAUGCUUUCAUGAGAACUUGUUUUGGCUAGAUCAAGGCUAUAGCAAAUGACGUAUCUAAAACGAUGCAUUCUGGACAGUUUGCAGUCUGCUGAAGAUGAGGGUUGGUAGCAUUGGAAGUUUAUAAAAAAAAAUAGAGUUUAUUUUUUAAAUGCUUCAAUGAAUGAACUAGUGUCACUAGUUUGGUCACUGAAGAUAAUGUACGCCACUUAGAAAUUUGAAUAAUUAAGUGGUAUACAAAUGUCUUAAAUUUAUUUGUUAAAUUUAUUGAUCACUUUUUUUAGCAAGGGACCACAAAGUGACUUACAUUGUAUAAACAAACACAUACAUUAAACCAGGCAUGAAAGAAAAACCAAGAAAAACAAUCCUCUUUUUAAAGGCAGGAUUAAAAAUUCCCCAUCCACUAAAGGGGACCACAGAUAAUUAAGAGCAAAGCUCUGGUGAAUUUUUAUUUUAUUUUAUUUGGUGUCUACAUCUCUACAAUGAUGAUGCCAGGUGAACCACCCCCAAGGAGAGCAUUCUAAGCACAAGGAGUCACCACUGAAAAGCACUGUUCUAAUGUUGUCACCCUUCAGACCUCCUGAGGAGGGGCACACACAAAGAAGGGCUUCAGAUGAUGGUUGCAGGGUCGAGGUUGGUUCAUAUGAGGAGAGGUUGUCCUUGAUGCAUUGCGGUCCUUAGCUGCAUAAAGGUUUAUAGGUCAAAACCAGCAUUUGAAUAAGACUUGGAAUCUAAUUGGUAGCCAGUGCAAUUUGGCCAGUAUUAGUGUUAACUACCUAGAGUCUCUUGCCCCAAGCAACCUGGCCAUUGAAUUCUAUACCAGCUGUAAAUAAUAAAAUAAUCAGCUCAGACCAAGGGCUCCUAAUACAUUGGGGAUCUCUGAUGUGCAUACGAGACUCCUGUAUAAGCUAGUGGGUCACUGCUGCAUUACGAUACAAGCCUACUUGUAGAUGAGCUUUUUCUGUCUAUAUGAAUGUAUGAAAGUGUAUGUUGGUUUUAUCUGUUCUUGCUGCCUAUGUGCUGCUUACCUUUUCAUUUGUUAUUUAAAAUAUCUGAACAACUGGAAACAUAAUACUGAACAGCUAGUUAAUUAUAGUUUCCUUGACAGUAGGCCUUAUAAACAGAAACCUUUUGAAUAAACACUUCAUUGCACAUAAUGUGCAAGUAAAAAACAGCAAUACUGAGUUGCGAGAGAAAAUUGUAGCUUGUUAGGCAGAUGCUGGUGUUAUGUCAUUCUCCUUGCAAGUAUAGAUGGGGGGGUGUAUAAUCAGUAUAUUUGACAUAACCCUAGUUGUUUUCAGGAGCUAAGCUUUCUUGAUGCAGUAGCAACACAGCAAGAAUUGUAUUAGACUUCAUGAUAAUUGGAGGCAGAAGGUGGGUUGCCGUUGUCAAGUUAUAAAGCAACCUGGUCUGCCCUUUAUUGAACUUGAGUUUAUAUGCUAAACUAUGAUUCUAGGUUUGAAAAGAACAACAUUAACUUUUCUGAGAAUUGUAAACUUAGUAAACACUUGACUAAAGAAUGAUUUCUUGGGAAAGUGGGAUCUGUGUGUAUCAUUCUGCACUGGUGUCCCCCCCCAAUUACCAAUGUAGUGUCCUCAAUUUCUGUUGGACUCCCAACUUCCAUAAGUGCUGAUUGACUAGGGCUCAUGGGAAUUGUAGUCCAAUGACAAUUGGGGCGUGUCAUGUUGAUUAUUCCUGGUGUUAGGCAUUUGAGUCUAACGUAGCCUAUAUCCUUUUGAAGAAGAAUGUAGGUAUUACUAUAGCAAAAUACACGUUUGGAGCAUGAAAUAAAAUUAGUUCAGAAGUGUUAGAUGAGAAGUUGUAUUAUUAGAAUUAGUUUUAAAUUACUAUAUUUAAGUAUACAAGAACUGUAGUCCUUAAGAAGUUGAAAAUGAUUGGUGGUUAUAGCCGAUGUGAUAUUGUAUAGAAUUCUAUGGUUGUAAGGGUAUUCUUGCUAUUGGGUCCAGUUUAGAGAGCCUCCUAAGAUAGCACUUCAAAGACAGGUAAUUAACAGUGAGCAAGGAGUGGUAGAAGGAGAAGAAAUGCCAUAAAUGCCAUAGGAUUGCUAACCAUCGAUGAAUAGGGUUUUGUUUUGUUUUUUGGCUAUGCUCUGGUAGUAUGUUGCCCCAAGAUGAUGCCUUCCAGAUAUUGUUGGUCUACAACUUCCAUCAUCUCCAACCAUUGGUCAGGUUGGCUGAGAUUGUUAACAGUUAUCCAAAGCAUUUGGAGGACACCAGGUUGGAGAAAGCUGCUGUAUCUGAUAUUGAUGUGUAGUCAAGGAUUUGUAAUGUUCAGAACUUUUUUCAAUUCCUAAUUCUGAGAGGAAACUAAUCUGCCAGUAUAUCAAAGUAAAGAUACAAUGAAGGGAAAAAGUAUUUGAUCCCCUGCAAAAUUUGCUUGUUUACCCUCUGACGAAGAAAAGACCAGUCCAUAAUUUUAAUGGUAGAUUUAUUGUAGCUGUGAGAGGCAGAAUAACAACAGGAAAAACCCCAGAAACCCAGAAGACAAAAGUCAGAGAUUGAUUAAGGUGGUUUUGCUCAUCUCAUCUGAUAUCAGUAGGAGAUGAUGAAAAUGUUCUCUGCUUGAAGAUGGAUUGAUUAAUAUGAUUUGCUAAAAAGCAUCUUGCUCCAUAAUGGUUGAGGAUCAAUCAGGAGGAACUGAUUAUUCUCUAGGAACAAGCAUAUAGGUCUGAGGAGUCCUUCUCAGCUUCUGUACCCACAUGAUUAUUGCACAAUUGAAAAUUCCCCGGUUACUUUGUCAUAUGGGAUAAGCUGUUGUUUGUUACUUUUGAAGUUACCCUUAACAAAAGUGUAGAUUAAGCUAUUGUAGGGAUGUACAUCUUGUAUGGAUCUGUGUUUAAUUUUUAAAAUAGGCUAAUUCUUAACACUACUGAGUGACAUCAAACAUUACAAAAGUAGAUUUCCCAUUCUUCUUCGUCCUCCUUCAGCCCCCUCCCCAUAUUUCCACAAGGUCCUGUAACUUGCCAAGGCAGAUUUGGUGGGUAUGCAGUCUGUCUGCCAGCACUUGGGAACAAUUUGAUGUCAGCCACCGAUAACAGCAGUGUCAGGUCGUGGUGCUGACAAAUUAGCAUUGCCUAUUGUCAUCAUCCUGAGGAUACCAAGCAGCUAUUCCUAGGGGUCUUUUUGUUGUUCUCCGAUGGCAUAAGAUUUUUAACUUUCUAUCAUAUACAGCUGAUAGCACCAGCAAGGUUGUUUGGCUAGAACAUUAGUUAUGGCGAAAAGUGCAAGGUCUGCACAGCAAAAGCAUGGAUGGAAACCAUGACUUAAGAAUUCACAAGACACAACCAUAAACACAUAAACUGUCGGCUCUUUGUUAAUGUUGAUUUCAGGUGUUUGUCAUAUUUCCUAGAAAAAGAAAGCAGUUUCGCUUAAUAAUAAAAAACCAGCAAGAUUAAAUUGAUCACAAAAAGGUGAAAUUGAAGCUAUUUGUAUAUCAUAUUCAUACAUUUACCAAAAUGUAUGGCUUUGUAGUAUAGUUACUCCUUUUUCAAGAUAAUUAUUUCAACUUUUUUGGCAAGAAUAUUUUAAAUUAACUUUCUUUGCAUAGGUAUCCAGCUCACAUUGAAGAAAUUGAUUAUGAGGAAGGAAAAGUGCUAAUCCAUUUCAAACGCUGGAAUCACCGCUAUGAUGAAUGGUUUUGUUGGGACAGUCCCUAUUUGCGUCCUUUAGAAAAAAUACAGUUAAGAAAAGAAGGAUUACAUGAUGACGAAGGAUCUUCUGUAAGUAAAAGCAACCUAAGUUAAAGCUUGACGUCAACCCAAUUCUUUACAGACUUGUGAAUGCAGAUUUAAUUGUUUUUUAUAAAUAUUAUUGGUAUAAUAAAAAAAACUUGCAUACUAUUUCUUCUUAGCUGGGGUGGGAUAGAAAAAAUGAUAAAUGAAAUAUGGUAACCUUGGGCAACAUUGCUGUUUAUAAACAUGUUGUUUGUCACUGUAAGGCAUGGGUGGGCAGUCCAUGGACAUAUUUGGGCCCAACACAGAUGCCAAUGUAGCCCUCAAGGCUUCGUCCCCUCCAAACCGCGCCCACACCUGACUUCAAAUGUGACAUCAGGUGUGGGGCAGAAAAGCCUGUGGGUAUAAGUAGGUAUAAGUCAUUGCCUGUUUGUUUAUAAGCAGGGCUUUCAGGUGUCACCUCAACAGUGAGACCUCCACUGAGAACUUUCAGAGCGCAUCUCAGAAGCUUCUUGUUGUGAUCCCUUUUGAAAUCUAUUCGCAUGAGCAAAUGGACAUAUCUUCUCUACUGUCCCACCCACCUGUUACUGUUGACCAACAGGGGAUGAAGGAGUUAGAGAUGCAGCCCAUUUGCCUGAUUAGUUCUCCACACCUGCUGUGAAGUUUGCUUUACAGUGCAGUCUGGUGGGCCAGAUCCUUCUUACCCCAACUCCGUGUGGUCCAAUUUGAUAGGUGGAUGCCACAGUAACAUCAGGCGAUGAAGCACUUGGGAGUUCCAACAAUCAGCUGAUAAGCCAUGCUUCAAAGCACCUUUGAACUCCUGCCAAUCAGGUGAUUGGCAACAUUUCAGAAGACCCCUUUGGCCCUGUCUGGUCACCUUUUUACCUUCCCAUAUAUGGCAUUGUGUAUGAUGUAGGUGAUUGGCAUGUGGGUGUGGUUUAGCCAAAGUGGCCUGUUGGCUUUAAUUAGGCCUGCAGAGGUUCUACUCUGUUGUUUACUCAGAAGUAAUUCACUUUGACUUCAGUGAAGUUUACUCCCAGGUAUGUGGGUAUAGGAUUUUAUCCAUUUUUCUUGGCAAUUUUCCAUUUUUUAUACAAAUAACACACUCUUCUGAAUCCAAGUAUUCAAUAAUCUUGCUGCUUAUGAUGAUCACCCUGCCUUGACAAUAUGUUUAGAAUAUCAGAGCUAUUGUGGCCCAUAGGCUGAGUACAAUUAUUAAAAUCGUUUGUAAAAUAAUUGGUAGGAAAGUCUGCUGCAGGAAUGUUUUGUUUACUGCAUAGAUUAUUUUAUUAUUGCUAUGAUGCAGCAGUGUAUCCUGAACACUGGUUUCUAUGUUUCCAUUUUUUAGGGAUUUCAUAUAAAUGAUCAAGUGUUGGCUUGCUGGUCUGAUUGUCGUUUUUAUCCAGCCAAAGUUACUUCUGUUAACAAGGAUGGUAAGGCAUAAUUGUUAAUUUCAGAGUACUCUGUAGAGAAACAUCCUUUAUGACUGCUUUCAGAAGUUGUCUUGAAAAUGAGUAGCUGCUGUAUAUGUUCCAUGCUAUUCCCAAUUUUUAUGACCACUGCUUAUGAAUGUUAUGAAUAUUUGAAUUGGUAUGAACACUAAUUAUGUGAGAGUGAAAAAGUAAUGUGAGACAAUUUUGUGGAUUAAUUUCUAGUAGUAUGGACAUGUGUAAGUUCCAUUGCUUGGAUCCAGACAUUUCUUCUGGUGGAAGAAGGGUGUGGAGGCAACUUCUCAGAUUCCCCCCUGCAGCUCCUUAUGCUCUCAAAACCUGCUCUGGAGAUUUGGUGAACUCUCAAGAAAAAGAGGUUUUUGGUUAAAAUUGCCCCUACCACCUUUUACCAGCAAGAUCUCACCACUGCAUCAAAGGUGUCCAUAGAAUGAAGGAGCCUUUCUGUUUAUAGAAAACGCUAAGUUUCACGGCAAUGCAAUAGCUUUUCAUAUUUAUUUCCACUUGAUGGAAAUAAAAGCUAUUAAGCAGAUUUUAAAUCUCAACAUUUUCCUUGAUAAAAAUAGAAUUUAUUGCAAUCAAACCCAGUUUUUCACAGUGAUGGAAACUUGUGAUCUGGAACUUCUGAAGAUUGCUUUUACCCCACUCUUGCCUAUUGCCCAUGAUGUCUGAGGUUGGUUGAGUUGUAAUUCAAAACAUCUGAAGUACACCAGGUUGGGGAAGACUACGCUUACGUGUGAAUCACUUUUGCCUUUAUGCUUUGAGUAAUUAGCACACUGUAGAGUUGCUGCUUCAGUUUAUAAGUGGGGUUUCUUUUAAAUUUCAGGUACUUACACUGUAAAAUUUUAUGAUGGUGUAAUUCAGACAGUCAAGAAUAUACACGUCAAAGCUUUUUCCAAAGAUCAGGUAUGAAACUUACUUUUAUAUUUUGAUUUGGUUAAACUGAUUUGGGGGCAGAACAUAAAUUACAGGGUUGUUAGUUCAUGUGUUUUAUUAGAGGACAUACAGUCUAAGAUGUAGGGAUGAAGUGGAUUCUGGUUCACACAUCUUGGAUAAAAUCUACACAUUUUGCCCACUGAGGACCCAUGCACAGAUCAGAACAUGGAUCUCAGAUUAAACAGCAUGAUUGUUUCAUGAAUCUGUGCAUAUGUUUGCACUGUAUUUACAAGAUUGUCCAAGGGCAGCUUUUCCCUACAGUGUCCUUCCGCAUAGUCUUUUUAAAUGUUCCCAGGAAGCAACUGUAUCUUAAGACAUGCGGUUCCUGCCUGGGGAAUUGUAAGGAUAAAAAGGUGACUGCCUUCAUGACCUAUGAGAACUGCCAUAUUUCCCCCCGAUACAAUGUCCUUGUAAGGGAACGAGGCAGUUAGUGUGAGAGGACUAGACAAAUUACUGGAGGCUAUCAGUGGCUGUGAGCCUAUGUUCUAUAUCUACUGUUGGAGGCCAUAUGCUUCUGAAUACCAGUUGCUGGAAAUCCACAAGUGAGGUGAAUGCUGUUAUACUUAGGUCUUAUUUGUGGGCAUUCCUUACAUAUCAUAGGACGUAUUCAACAUAGCGCUAAGUAGAUCACUCACUAAGUGGAUCUCCUUGCCUGAAGGAGUGAUCUGCCCUCUCCUCCUUCCAUGCAGUGUUCCAGGGGUCUUCCCAACCCUCACAGAGCCAACUUGUGGCGGGGGGUGGGGUGGUUAAAAAACUGUAAGUUGCUCUGAGGGGUCCUUCUCUGGGUUCCCAUUCAGAACCAAGAUCUGGUGUAUGUUUACCAGGCAAAUGACCUUUUCAGUUCUGCUCUGACAUUUUAGAACACACUCUGCAACGAAGUCUCAACUGGUACCUACUUGGGUAUUUUUUCAGCAUGAGGCAAAGACUAUUUCAUUUCCCCAAGCUUUUAAUUAUCAGCUUUAUUCUGUCUUAUCUAUUACUUAUUUCUGCUUUUAUAAAUCUAAGUUUAUUUUUAUGUAUUUGUGUUAUUGUGUGUUAAAAUUUAAUUGUAUGCCACCCUGCUAAUUUGAUUAAAACACAGAUUAUAAAUCUUAAUGUAGAAAUUCCAGAUACUCUAACCAGUUGUCCCCCAUGUAAUCUCCCUUGAGCACUGAGUGUUGUCAUAUGGUACUUGUUUCCUUAUGUACUGCUCUAUAGCUUUUAACUCUUUUUAUAUGUGCAUGCAAUCAUAUUAGGAAAAAGGAACCAGACAAUAGUAUUAAAGCUGUACAGUCGCAGGAUUCUUUUAAUAGUAUAUUGUGUGUCUUAUUAAUUGGCUUAUUUCAGUGCCUCCCCCUUCCCAGUUCUGUAAGUAAGUUUCAUUUACAAUGGAAAGCAAUCACAAUUUUUAAACUUGCUUUUAGUCUAUUGUGAGUAAUUCAAGACCCAAGGAGAGAGGUAAUGAAAUCCCUUCAUCUCCUGAAAGAUGGGAAAAGUUUAAAGAACCGAGGAAAGCAACUGAGAAUAGUAAGAAAGACAAGGAUGAAAAGACGUUAAAGACUGAACGAAGGUCUAAACCUGAUAAAGAAGGGAAACUAAUAGUUCCUUCAGAAAAGAGCAAGGUGUCUGAAAAGGCCCUUCCGAAGGAUGGCAAAGAAGACAAAGAGAACAUAUCUGAAAAUGACAGAGAAUUCUCAAUAGAUACCCAGAUUGAAAAGAAACCUGAAAAUGAUAAUGUGAAUAGCCCACCAGAAAACCUCAAAGAAACUAAAAGACGACGUGGUCGACCACCUGUGGUGCCUCCUGCAGGUCAGUGGUAACAGUCAAGGCUGUAUCUCAUUCAUAUACGAUGGGUGGAGAAUCUGUGGCCCUCCAGAUGUUGAACGUCAAUUCUCAGCAGCGCACAAGCAUGGCCAGUUGCCGGGGGUGACAGGAGCUGUAGUUUAGCAUCAUCUGGAGGGUCACAAGAUCCCCCAUCUCUUCCUUCUCCUUGUGUAGAUAUCCCAAUUUAGGUGAUACAACAGAUUUAACUAGUUAUUAUGCUACUUUAAUUUGAACUGACCAUCAACACUCGCAAAUUAGUGUAAGUUUUCUACACUUGUUAAAGCCAAGAGUUACAACAGUGAUUGGGGUGCAAGAUCUGUCAUCCAGUUCCUAAGGAACUUGUGGUGUUAAUGAUAUAUGGCUAUUAUCUCAGUUGGUACCACUACAUGUUAUGGAAUACUUCCCUCCCCCCAAAAAAGGAAGGUGAAACUAGAGAAUUCAAAUCCUAAGCUCCAUAAAAGUUUUAUAAAACAGUAGGAAAAUGUCAUUUCUCUUUAAAAAAGAAAGAAAAAAUCUGGUUACCUCUUCUCUUGGUAUGUUUAGAAACCUUUUCCUUGUUCUAUUUACAUAUUUAGAGCAAGGCUCUCAAACAUUGCAGCCAAUAACUUUAGAACUGAGAAGGCGGAAAAUACCUAAAGGAGGAGAGAUCCCUUCAAAACGUCCCCGACUCCAGAAGAACAUGUGUGAGUAUUUUUUUCAUUUACUUAAAUAAGCUUUUUUGGCAUUUAACUGGAAUAGGAAAUAUUCUUAAAGAGAGAGAGCGUGCAAAUUUUAGCAAAACUGGGUGGCAUUCAACUAAGUUUUACCCAGAAUAUACACACUGAAAUUAAUGGACCUAACUUAGCCAUUUUCACUAAUUUCAGUGGGUCUACUCUUAAGUAAAGCUUAGUUGACUAUCUCCCAUUACAUUUUUAAUUUAGGCACAUGGAGGCUUCUUCGUGUAUUUCUACUAGCAGUGGUAGAUUCCUUUUCUGGUUUUAUUGGGGAACCAAAGGACAAAAAUACUUCAGAUGUGCAAAUCUAUCCUCUCUUGCCACGAAAGGCGAAGUAAUGCCUUUUCUGCGUCAAUUCCCUAGAACAAGGGGAACAGGAACUGGCCAAUGGCCCACAUUGUUAUCUUGGCCAUCCCUCAUGGGUCAGGUUUGACCCACCAGCUAUCACAAUGAUUUUGGGUCACUUUCCCCCCACAAACUUGCAGAGCCCCUUUCAAGAGAUUCUGAAAAAGAACGCUUUGUAAGGAACGUGGUAACCCUGAUAAUCAGCUGAUUUCGGUCCUGCUAAUCCCUUUUCAAAACACUUUACAAUUGCAAAAACUAUACAGUCAUUGCUUUUUCUUGCAGUUCUCUUUGCUCACCAAUGAACCAAGGCGAGAUAUAAAAUAUAGGGAUGUGUGUAAUGGCUAAAUAAGCAAAGAUGGGACUAUUUUUAUGCUCUACUGGUGUCUCUCUCUCUCUCUCUCUCUCAAAAAUGCUAAAUAACUGAAUUGUAUGAGGAUGCUUAGCUUGAGUAACUUUAGCUUUUUUGCAUACAUUUCAUCCGUUUAGAUAAAUAAUAGUUUAGAAAGUAAACAUAAGUUUUUAAAAAACAAAAAUCCAGAGAACACUUGAGAUGUACCUGUUUUGAUGAGGUUCAAUCUCAUGUUUCCUGCAUAAUUUGGCUUGAUAGGCAUUGUGUAAUCUUUAACAUUUUUGUUUUGUUUGUUUUUCCUCUCCUGAAACUCUUUUGUUUCAGUAACAUACAGCUUAUGGAAAUGGCACAGGGCAGGAUUGAUACUUGAGGGCAGACCUCUAACACAGCAGCAUCAGGGACACCAGAGAGCUGGUGAGAGGCUUUUAAUAUCAUGCUCCCCCCCAGCAUCUCAGCUGCCCCGUCAUCAAAUUAUGAGCCAGAAGCCAGCCUUCUGUCUGCUCUGCAUGAGGAAGAGUUCCACUCCUGAGUGACAGUUACAUCUUCCCGAAGGGGUGCAGUUUGCUUGGGUUUGCUAUUGGCCUCUAAGGCCCGUAGCGUCAAGUGCAACACACAGCUGAGGGGGAGCCUUGAAUAUCACAUUUUCUCAAAACUGAUUACAUGUCACACCAUCACCUUGUAUUGGAUUGGAUUAUCUAUUGCAGAUCUACCUUAGAAAUGCUAGAUCAAAAAACUGUGUGUAAAUAUAUAAAAUAAAAUUCUGAAGUACUAGCCUUAAUUUUUUUUUUGUGAGAAUCACUGUCUAACUAUUUAGACGUCAUGAGACGUCAGACUUAUGGCACUUGGGUCAGCUGGAGAAGCUGAUCAUUGUACAUCAGCAUUCAGCUCUCCUGACUGGAUAUUCUCAGCUGACUAGUGCACUAGCCUUUAAGUUCUGUGAGUGAAUUUGAUUCUCUAAGAAUUGCAGUCUAAUAUUCAGACUUGUUCAUAUUUGGUCUAUUGAGUCAGUUUUAUUUCACACAACAGACGAUCUUACAAUCUUUAAACAGCUGACCCACUUUCUGUUACAAUAGUUUUACAUUAUUUUUAUGAAAUCGUAAUUUUAUAUCUUAUAACCUGCCCUAAGUGGUGUGUAUUCACACUAGAACAGUGAGAUAAAUGCUUUAAUAAAGAAUUUAACAAUAAUGAAGGGAAAGGACUGGGCAUUUCCCUUUCUAUAUUGAGUUUGGCAUGUAGCUUAGAGCUGCUGGUCACUUCCCUCAUGUUCGUUUUAAUGACCUUUAUUGAUUAAUAGUGUAGAUACUUGUUAGGAACACCUACUAACAGAAGGAGCCAGUGAGGGUGACAAAAGGAGUCAGGGGGAAAGUUUGCAGAUUUAUGGAUAAAAUAUAAAGUAAGAGUAGUUCACUAUUUGCCUGAGUAUUUAUUUAAUUUCUUUUAAAAAAAAAUGCUACAUGGGACAUAUCUAAUGGUGUUUUCUCAAUUGUGCAGCAGACUUCCACUCACACAAAUGGGACUUCCCCUUCCUCUCUCCCCCACCCCUCAACUCUGCUCUGACGGCUUUGGGAACCCUCUGAAGUAGCUUGUGGGGCAAAGGGGGUGAGGAGAGGAGAAAACAAAGUGGAAACCCUGUUGUGUCCACUGGCACAGCUGUCUUAUCUGUAACAACCCCCAGCACCAUCAAGAAGAUCCAUUAAUUCAAAGACUGCUUCUCACUGGACUGUGUUUGACCCUAAGAACAACAUGCCUUUCACUAACCAUUGGCAGUGGAUAUAAUACCUUUUUUAAAGUGCCCAUUUAUAAUAAUAAGCUAUUGCUAGUCAAUAGGUUUGGAGGCUGAGAACCUACAUCCAUGCUUCUGGGGAAGCCAGAAGGGAAGAGCAAUUGUGUUACAUGAAGAAGAAUGGAUGUGGUCUUAAAGAUGAAUGAUAAUUGCCACAAGGUCAAUACAUUGUGUAUAAUUUUAUGUGUAUAUGAAUGUAUGUAACUGUUUGGUGAAAUACCUUUGGUGGUGUAAUAGGUUGCAUUUGAAUUAAACAUGUAAAUAUUAUGAUAAAAUAUUAUGUUAAAAUUUGAUUGGUCUUAAAAUUAUUUUUAGCGCAAGAAAAGUUGAAAAAUGCUCUGGACAAUGAAAAGGAUUCUAUAAAGAGACGAUCAAGACAUCCUACCAGUAGCAGUCAUGAAACUUUAGAUACUGACUUCAUUGCACCACUACUGGAUGAAGUUGGAUCUUUAAAAGAGUCAGAAUCUAUCCCAAAAGAAGUUGUAGAAGGUAAACAAGUUGAUUUUAUAAGUGCCUGUCUUUAAUUAUAAGCCACCCCUUGAACUUAUUUUUUCCCCAAAAAAUCUGCACAUUAGUUGUAAAGUUGCAUUGAAUGUCACAUGUAGUGUUGGCCCUCAUUCUAGUUUAUUUCUUGCUUGAGUUCUCUUAGGGUUUUAACUUAAAAUGUAGAUUUGGCUGUUAAAGACUUUAUGUUAACCUAAGUGUUUUGUAUCUGUGUGUUCUAUUCUUCACUUACCCACUCUUUUGACUUUUAGGUCCAUUAGAAGCAUGUGUUGAGUCUGACCAAAAGAUUAAGGAAGAGUUGCCUCCAUCUUCCGAAGUAUCUCAGACUUCAAUACCUCAGAUUUCAGUAGAUGACACCAGAUUAAAGGAAGAAAAUACAGCAGAGCCUUCCUCUACACCUGAAUUGCAGGAGAUUUCAGGGGCAUCUGUUACAGGUUAAGUUUUUACUAAUUAUAUUUUUCAGGCUAGGCUUCUUUAAAAGUUAGUUUGAAGGGCUUUGGGCAGUGUAGUCCUGAUUACCCACUGUGCAAAAGGCUUUACAUGUCUACUCAAGGCUAGUAUGUUACAGUUAAAAUGCAUGUGUUUCUUAAGUUUACAUCUUGUGUUCUUACAGUAACCACUGCUUCAAAGAGAGCUGAUGUUUUUACUGCUUCAAAAGCUGCAAUAGAACAUGAACCCAAGUUUAGAUGCAAAUUCUUGGAUUGUUCCAAAUCCUUUCGGAAAGCCAAACUGUUGCAUUAUCAUAUGAAGUAUUUUCAUGGUAUUGAGAAGUCACCAGAACCACAACAGAGUCCAGCAACAAGAAGCAUUCAGACAAGAGGCUCUGUAGCUUCUGAAAAGGCCAGUCAAGAAUGUUCUAAUAGACGACGGACGACAUCAGGUUGCUUAUGUGAGUGUUUUGCCAAAAGUAUUCUUUCUCUUAACUAUUUUGAAUUGGCCUUUAACACUCUAGUUACAUUUAUGAGCCCGAAUCACUUGAGUUACAUUUAAUCAUUAAAAUUCAGCUUGUUAUUUUUCUAUUAAUCACUUAAUUUACAACAUGGAGUUGUGCAAAUUAAGUAUAACCUUUAGGGGCACAAUAUAAUGAGCCAGCAAUUUGAGGAGGAGGAAACACAUAUUUAUAGCAAAUGGGUAGAGAUUGGUACUGGAACACACACAGAUGACUAAAAUGAAAUUUUACAUGACUACUGAUCUAGAAACACCCUAAUCAUGCAUAAAUACACCCAGUAGUUUUGUUUCUGGGGGGAUGCAUGGGUUCACAUACCCUUAAACAUUUUGUGAAUCUAAGUUUGGCCUCAUUGAGGGGCAGUAUUUCAAUAUGUGUAGGAAAAUGAGAGCACCCCUAAACAUUUUUUAGAAAAAAAAGCACUGAGUAUACCUGAGUAAAAGCUUACUGUUUUAUCCUGUAAGAAAUAAUAUAGAUUUUUAAAAUUCUCUUAAGCUAAUAAAGAAAAGGAGAAGAACAAAGAGAAAAAACCCAGAGACAUUGUAAGAUCAAAAUCAAAGAAGAAGAAAAAGAAGAAAAAGAAAACAAAAUCAGGUAAUAAUGGGGGAUAUGGCUUCAUUUAAUUGUCUUUCCUUUCUUGAUCAACGUCAUUUUCUUAGCAGAAAACACUACUAAGACAAUGUUACACUGGACAUCAAUGUAAACAAGUAUAUAUGCAAUUGUCUUUUUAACAGAGAAGUGUCACUGUUUGCUUCAGAGACAGGUGAUGAUGGCAUCUAGCAGAGGACGAGGCAGAUUAGUCCAGCCUCUGAUUAAGUUUGUAUUCUGUGACAAUGUUGUUGGACUCCAACUCCCAUUAGCUCCAGCCAGCAUGGCCAGUAAUCUGGUUACUGAGAGAUUUAGUCCUACAAUAUAUGGAGAACACAGGUUUCCCACCCCUGUUCUAAGAAGAGAGCCUGCCUCCUACUGAAUGGAGGGCAGAGCAUCUUAGCAUUUUGGAGUGGUUGUUGGUGAUGGGCAAAUAAUGUGGAUGGGGGUCUAAACUUGUAGGCAGAGGAGCCUACAAGUAUGGACACUGUCUACACUAACUUCUUGUUUGUUAGAGGUGUAGAACCAGUGCAAACAUAGUACUGUUAAUUCUUUAACCAUGGAAUCUUGGGUAUAUUCAUUUUUUAAAGUGUUAACACUUCCUAAUGUUUACAGAGCAUUCAGGGAGUGAAGAAAAUGUUGACUUUCCCCAAGAGCUUUCCCCUACGAGAUCUGCCAUUGCAACGAGAUACAAUUCAGCAAAUCGGCCUUGUGCACAUUCGAGUACGCAACUGCAGGGUGCUGAUUCUGGGCAUCGUAAACACAAAUCAAAAAUGAAUGGUGAGAUUGAUUUAGUUUCUACCUCAAUAGUCUUCACUUUAGAACUUUGCAAUGCUAGUAAAGGAAUUGAAAAUUUGCAAAGACUUGCUGCCUAGGAUGGAGCACAUUGACUACUGCAACAACACAUUAUCAUAAAGCAUGAUGUAUUUGCCUUGCAGAGACAUGCCAGCUCAAAGACCUAAGACUGAUUUAUCAGUUUUAGUUAAAGGGAUUCUUGUUAUUCUUCCUUAGCAGGUUUGCUUGAGCCUGGCUUGUUUUUGUAACUUUCCGCUUUCUUCCAGUUUUCUGCUCUUUAGAAGUGUUAAAUUUGGUGUGUUUGCACAUAAUAGUAAGUCAAGAAGCUUGAUUUAAUAACUACUGUACAAAAGCUUCAUGCUGGUGCAUGCAACCCAGUUCUGCUGUGAAAAAGCUUCUGUUCUGCUCCUCUCCUGGCGUGAGUUGAUACGCAGACCAGGAAGGUGAUAUCUUGGUGUUACAUCCAAAUAUGAAAUUAUGGUCUGUUGCUUCAUAAUAAGCCCUGAUCACUGUCUACUCUUAAAACAUGGUUUGUUGUUGACUUAUUGAUUGUGGCUUGUUACAGUCCAACAAACCAUGGUCCUGCGUUCACACAUAAAGCUAAGCUAUCCUCAUUGUUUACUGUGCCAAAAGAGGAGAAAAGCAGGAGUGAUUGGGCCGAAUGCACAGUAUGGCUUUACUAAGAUAAGCUUGGCUUAACAUGUCAGAAUGCAGCCAUUGUUUUAGACAGUUGGGUACUAUGUGUCCAUUCUCUGCAUUUGUUGAUGGCUUAGAAUAGCCAGAACUAAGCAACAGUGUAGAAAAGGGGGAACCACCAAUGAAUAUUGGACAAAUGCUUUAGAAGCACCUGAAGGUUACACAGAUUUUUAGGUGUAGGGUAGUACUAAGGAAAGAAGUUUUAAGGUGAAUAAAGAAGAAUAAAGGUGAAUAUCUGGAGGGGAUAAAUUCUCUGCCUAGCACAGCAAAAGCUUGCCUUGCAGCCUAAGAAGCAAUGACAGGAGCAACUCAACUGGGCCUUAAAUAUGGCAAGGCUGAUAAUAUCCGGGGGUCUUAAAUAGCAGCAGUAGAUGUUAAUACACAACUGCUAGCAUCUGUGAAACACUGUUGAAGCUGAAAUGAAGUUUGUGUAAGAGGUAAUUAGUAAAAAGCAGACCAUAUGAUCAGCCCUGAAGAAGAAGGGUCAGCACUAAAAAACAGGCAUAGUUUAUACUUUAUGUAGCUGCCAUAAACAUCCUUGAACCAUCAACCAUUGAUACAGAAAGAACAUGGCUAAAAAUGACACUCAACUUUCUUUUCCUGGUCCCGUUGCACAUCUAGGCAUGUCCAUGUGUAGUUAUUUCAGUGAAGGAGAAGGCAUCCUAAUCAUAAAUCUUUAAUCUUGAUAAUUUCCUCUAAUUUGCAGAUAAGUCGUUCAAUAUAUGACUCUGUUAAUUUAAAGAAGUAUUGUUAAGUAAUAUCUGAUGCUUCUAUACACUAAUAGUUUAUAAAUAUAUUAGAAAAUAUUCACUUGUAUUAACAAAAGAUCCAGUUACUCCCUGGCGGCAUCAGCCGGUAAAGUCUUUGUGCUACAAUACCGCUUGCCUCUGCAUUAGUUUCCCAUAUAAAGCUUUGACUUACAAAAGUAUUGUGUUAUGAGCAUGGGGUAUACAGGUGUGUUUGUAUGUGAGCUCAGAAAAAAAUGAUCAAGUGAUCACCUUAUUACUUGUGGGCUACUGUGGAAAGAAGGUUGUUUAUCUUGUAAAGAGAGCAGCACUUUAAGUAAACUAAUUGUAUAUGGAAGUCGGUUCCUGUUUUUUCUUUUGGAUCUGUCUCAUAGUAUUUAGUAGUAUCUGAAAGCAUUCUUACAACAACUGUGAAGAGUAACAUUUUUUUGUGUAUUCGAGUCCUUGCUUCACUGUUCCUAGAUCAGCCACUCAUCUAUGAACAUUAAGUCCUUGAUACUUAUUUUAAAAUGAAUUGGAUUCCACCAGUUUCCAUUCUAAAUUCUUGCAUUUAAAUCAUUUGUAUUCAUUUCCAGAAUGCUCAACCUUCAGGCUGAAAUCUUCUAGAUUUGGUUUCUGCUUAAAGGUGACUUACAUUUUUCUAAUCUUAAACCAACCUUUACCUACUUAUAAGAGGUAAUGUCCACUGCUACUGUAAAGCUAAUUAGAAUUUGAAGUUAAAUGCAUUUUCCAUUUCAAUCACUAUAUGACAUCUUUAAAAAAGCUGAAGACUUGAAAAUAAGUUCUCCACAGCAAAUUACUUUGGAUACAAAAAUUGAGAAAUUAUAUCUCUAGAUCCAGAUCUAAAUAUUUCCUGAGCAAACUCAUUGAAAUAAUAGGGAACUUGGAACUUUUUGUUGCAAACCACCUAAAGAGAUGCCAAACCUCAGUGACAAAUUAAGUGUGUGUAACAUGAAAAUCACAUACGUCUGUUAUUGGAGAGGAGUUUUGUAUUUAUUCUGCUCACUUACUUUAAUCUACUUUUCUGUUGCUUCCCACAUUAUUCUCUGUGUGCGUUAAAAGGGUAUAAUAGUCAUAAGGGAUAUAAUAUAUUUACUACAUUUUUUGUUCCUCUUACUAAGUUCUCACUGCUGUAAUAGCUGUUUUUCAUAAGUGUUUUUGUUCAGUGUAAGAAAAGUAGAAACAGCCAGUUUAAAUAAACAGCACUUUAUUGUCUCUUGAAAACAUAGAUGAUAUCUUAAAGAGUCAUGCAGUUGUGAAAUUGAACGUUGUGUGAGUGGACAUCCUUUCCUCCCCAUGUGCUCCCAGAAUAUUCUCCUGAGGGUUGCAGGACACUCUGGAGUAGAUUUGGUAGAGUUAACAACAAGUGCAGCACUUUUAACUUUCCUCAAAUGAGUAAUUAUCAGAGCAUCCAAGGGCACAAUUGAUCUGGGGGUUGAACCUUUCUCCUGCCCCUGGUGAUCCUUGAGCCUGGGUUAGUUUUUUAUCCAGAUUGCCAUCCAUUUGCUUAGUUUUGUAGUCCUCAAGAACAGAAGCAACUAACCACUACAUGCUGGUCUCUAGCAUUAGAAUCUGUUUGGUUUAGUGUCCCUUUAGGAACCAGCUUUUGUGUAGAUGGAAGUGGUGUAACCAUUGCUUCCAUGAGUAGGCAGUAUAAGCAGAUUACUAUUGGGCUGUGGCCAGAGAAAAUACUUAGUGUCAGAAACUUUCCUUGCAGCUAUGGUUACCCAGGAGCAAGUCCUUAUUACUUGAUGGCAAGCUCCACAGAAAAAGUAAGCAUGUGUAGGGUUAUAGUUGCAUGUUGACAUGAUCCAGUCAAAGCAAAGCAUACAAAUUUCAUUGAUUUCAGUGAGACUGGCUUCCUUUUAUUACAUUGUUUCCUGGCCCAGUUUUCAGUCAAGAAAUUGAGGGUUUGGCUAGGUUUCACCUUAUGUCUCACAUUUGUUUAGUAAUGGAUACAAAUUUAACAAAGCAUCUGAGUCUGGCACAGAAACGCAAUUUUAAGCAUAAUCUGAAAUGUGUGAAAGUCUUAUCAAUGGAUAUUCUUUUGCUAACAUUGUUUAGAAUGACCACCUCCUUUGGCAGCUUUCUGGAAUUACUCACACAGAUUUUAUUCCUAUUAAAUUCUUUGCACACAGAGGAUGAUACCUUGAGUGAGUCAUCUGCAGAUAGUUUGCUUUGGAGCGACGAUGACUGCAGUCAGGACAUUGAUGUAACAACUAAUCCUGAUGAGGAUCUUGAAUACGACGAUAAUGACUUUGAAAUUGUUCGGUGCAUUUGUGAAGUGGAGGAAGAAAAUGACUUUAUGAUUCAGGUACAUGGUUGUAGAUUGUGAGUGUAAUGAAGUAAAUAGAAACACAUAAGUAAUUAUCAAGUACAAAUUGAAGUUUUAUUGAUAUAUUUAUGGAUUUGUAUGGUUCUACGUUGCUAUAUUUUCAUGAAAGUCUAGGUUGCAUAUUUGUAAAUAAAUAAAUAUAUUGCAGUGCUCUCCUGCAUGCCCAAACAGUACUUAAUUAGGAAGAUUCAUUUGUGCAUGUUUUAUAAUAAUGUGUGUGUGUGGAUAGAUAGAUAGAUAGAUAGAUAGAUAGAUAGAUAGAUAGCAGAGAAUCCUCAUUACCAAACCCUAAAAUGGUGAUGCUAUGGAGCUUAACUGUUACCUGAAAUUGCUUUAUAAUAGAGUAAAUGGUGUCAGAUAUGAAAAACUUUAAUUGUUUGCAUUUGACUCUUCUUCUAUUACUUUCUGACUUCUUUUAUUGUGUUGAAAAUAGUAUCCCUAAGAAUGUUCUGAAUUGUUCUUACCUGUAACCCUUGCUUGUGCAAUUCAUGCUUAGGUGAAUGCUAAUGUAGUAGCACUUAGAACAAAUUCUUAAGAUUUUAGAAUGACAUAGAGCUCUUUUAAUCUUCCUAAGAAAACCCCCAAAAUUCCAUUACUGUACAAACAUGUUGUGUCCUCCCUCCCUGUAACUCAAGGCUGUACUUCGCUUGUGUAAAGAAGGGGUAGGCAUUUUUCACUCAGGAAGCUGGAGAAAUAAGCCCUCCUCCCUACCAUCCAAGUUUACCUGGCUUGUUAACUAUAAUGGUGAUAGCGAUAGAGGAUGGCCUACUUCUCCCAUUCUGAUGCCUGGCUUGGGAGCAGGUAGUGAUGUAGUCUUCUCAUUUAACAUAGUCCUGAGGAUGACAUAUCUAAGUCUUCUGGUAUCCGGCUCACAUUCCAGCCAUUCAACUGCUGCUAGAGCAGCAGUUUAGAUAAAUAGGUGAGGGAGAUGCAGGCUGAGAGUUUUGAGAUUCAUAAGAGGGAAAGACCAGAAGAUCCUGGUGGAAAUAGAAGAUCCAUUAAUAACACAGGAAAAAAUGGGAUUAGAUUCGAAAUAGUUCAGUUUAUUGAGGGAAAUAGUUUGGUAUGCUUAGCUUGAUACAGCAGUCGUUGGGGCCAAUUUGGCCUCCACUAGUUCCAAUACACAAGACUACAUGUCGUAUUUUCCUUCCAAAGGUGUUACAUUCACGUGGGAAAACUUAAGUUUUUGCUUCUGACAUAAUUUCUCUAUAGAUAUAUUGACCUGAUAUUUCCUGAUUAAUUUUCUUGCUACCUGAUUUCCAUGUUGCAUAGUUUGCAAUUUUUCAGUUUAAGGGAAAAAAGAAUAACUUCCCAUAACAACUCUUCUCUUUUUCAUUUAUUCUGUUUGUAAAAGAAAUAUGCACCAGCAAUAUACAGUCAUGUAUUUAGGCCUCUAAAAUACCUUUAAAGUGUGUGUGUGUGUGUGUGUGUGUGUGAUAUGCAUACUUUGUAUUGAUCUAGUUCUGUUUAUUUGACUUACAACAGUGUGAAGAAUGUCUCUGUUGGCAGCAUGGAGUCUGUAUGGGUCUAUUAGAAGAUAAUGUACCUGAGAAAUAUACCUGCUAUAUUUGUCAAGAUCCUCCAGGUACAAAGAUUUCUAAGGUUGCAGAGUCUUCUAAUAGUAUGUAGUAAUUAUUAUUAUUAUUGUCUUGUCUCUUUUAAAUACUACCUAUUUGAUUUUGUUAUUGGCUUAUCUCCUGUUAAUUUGCAAGUUUACAUUAUUAUACAUAUGAAGUGAUACAUUAGAUGGAAGUUUGUUUUCCUUGUCAUUUAAUUCAUACUGUUUGGAACAUUCCAAAUGAAACCACUUACAAUGAUUGUAAUGGAAGUGAGGUAAAUAACUUAUUACUCCCUUUGUUCCACGACUGCCAUUCUGGGGAGACCAGUGGUGCCAGAGGCUACAAGGCAUGUUCCUUGUAACCCCAGAUGGGCGUGGUUUCCAGGGAUCCAAGGCAGAUGUUUGCAAAGGGGAAGCAGAGAUUGCAUCCAGUUUAUCUGUUCCUCCCUCUCAUAGCACAUACAUAGCAUGAAUCAAGUGACUAUAACAUGAGAGGUUGGAAUAACCCUGAGAGUUUGGGCUCAAAUGCAUUCAGGACCCCAACAGCUAAAUUUUAUGAAGCCUCUUAAGAAUAGAAAAGGAAGGAAGGGGGCAAAUGGAAGAGGCAGAAAAUAACAAAAAGAACAUUUUAGUUCAAGUCUCAUCUAUUCCAGUAUAGCUACUUUGAUAAGGGCUUCUGGUCUCCUCACAUAUAGCAGCAGAUGGUCAGUUGAGGAACAAGAGGCUGUUUGGCAACAGUCAUCUUUUGAAGAGUUUCUGACCUAGCUGGGUCUUGAUUGACAGGUGGCUGUAUCCAGCCAGUCAGAAGUCAAUCGUAUCCCUCAGGGAGGUAGCUUGACACCUUCUGGGAAAUGCAUUAUGCAUUAUUAUCGGCCAAAUCUCCAUCUUCCUGCCAGAUAGAACCUAUUCUGUUUGCAUAUUCAAGGGGAGAUGUGACUUCUCCACUAAAGGAGAAUGGAGAAUGAGCAAUUUUGGGCCCUCACUGCAAUGACAGUUGUAUAUAAUAGCAUGUGGAAAAGAGGUUAAACUGACCUGUUUUCAGCCAAAUGACUUCUAUCAGUAUAAUUUGUACCUUUUGAAAAGGAAAAACUGUUCUUGUUCCUCCAGGAUAUAGCUGUGUAGGGAUGGUGACCAGAAUACACCACUGCAACAGGCGAGCCCAAUUCUGGCUUUUCCCUUCUCUUGCACUCCUCCCAAGGAAGGUGCUGCUGAAACGAAAACAAACUCACUGUCACAGCAGCACCUAUCUUUUCAUUGCCAUAAAGAAACAGGUUUUUUGUGCAGUGGCGGCAGUAGCUUUCUCCUCACUUGGAACCAAGGAUUUUGUGUGUUUAUAUUCAAGUGCAAAGAUGUGGUUAACUAAGUUUCAGAUAAAGAUUUCUGUGUGUGUGUUUAUACAGAAGAAAGUUCCACUAUGUUCAGUGGGCUAGUGUAGAUCUGAUUACAUCCUUUGUGUCUUUUACCAGCUUCCAAGCCUUCUUAGACUGGCUUCAAAUGAAAUUCUGCAUCAUAGGACUUGCAUUUUGAUACUCGCUAGUUUUUACUUUAGUUAAACGAUAUCCAAUUCACUAUUUUUUUAAAAGCCAAGACAGAAUUUGAGUAUUACUAAAUGUCAUCCUUGUUUGAAGCAAAUGGGUGGGGAGUAGAUUUUUUUCUUUUGCAAUCGCACUUUAAAGUUGACUUUGUACUAUUCCUUUUUAAAAGCUACUAUUAUUGGGGAGUGGGGGAAGAGCAUAAAGAUUAAGUAGUAGAAUAUGAGAAUUUUUUGAUCAAGAGUUUUCAUAUAUUUAUUUUUGUAAUCUUACCCUCUCAUUAUUCUGCUUCAGGUAAGAGAUCCAGUUUGAAAUACUGGUAUGAGAAGGAGUGGUUAUGCAGUGGUCACAUGCAUGGCUUAACAUUUUUGGGAGAAAAUUAUUCCCACCAGAAUGCUAAGAAAAUAGUUGCUACGCACCAACUUCUUGGCGAUGUACAAAAAGUGAUAGAAGUACUGCAUGGACUUCAACUGAAGAUGAGCAUUUUGCAGUAAGCAUUGUUUUUGCAAGUUCUCACUUGAAUCAUGCCGCUAGAUUUUUUAAUAAGCAAGUGUGGUUAGCAUUGCAGAUAGAUCUCUGUUGUGUAUGGCGUUCUGUACUGUAGAUCUGAAUUUGUAAUAGGCUAGUGUGGCCUUGCUGCUAACCCAUCUUGAGAACUGGACACAGUGACCUUCCAUCUCAUGUGCUCCCCCCUCUUCUAGUAUAGCUGCAACGGGAGAGUUCAGAAACUGUCACUUUCACCUUAAAUUAACCACAGCUGGCCAUGCCAUCCAAUCCUAGACAAACUGAUCUCAACUAUAGUUAGUUGAAAUAAACCAACUUCAGACCAUAUUUUAUUAAGCUGACCAUAGUUUAUUGACUACACUUGACUGCACACUUGUCCAUGGUUAAUUCUUAGCAGAAGUGAAAACUUCUGAUGUUCUUGGAGAAAAGGGGGUAGGUCAUCUGAAUCGUCUGUAAAAGUUUUUAGUCUUGACUUCCACUUAUUUACUUUUUUCAUCAGAAGCAAAGAACAUCCUGACUUGAAGCUCUGGUGUCAGCCUUGGAAGCAUCUUGAAGUAGAUGAAAAAUCACACAGCACGCGCCUCAUUCAUAUUGAUGAAAACUGUUGCAAAGAGGAGACUACAAGUUACAGAACUUUUAAUGGAACCAUUGAGAAACCUUCAACCAUUCCUUCUGUAGAGGAAUCAUAUAUCACUAGUGAACACUGUUACCAAAAACCUCGAGCCUACUAUCCUGCUAUAGAACAGAGACUUGUCGUGGAAACCAGAAAUUCAGACAUUGAUGAUGGUGUCAAUAGGAUAAGAGAGAAUGGAGAUGAUACUAUAGUAGAGAGAUUAGGAUGGGAGCUGGAUAGAGAAAUACACAAGUUUGAAAAUGAAUCAAAACAUAACUACUCUAAGGUAUGUUGCAUUGAAGUAUUUCUGAGUUUCCGCAGCUGGGAGAAGGAAAAUCUUAUCUCCAACACAAAUAGAUAUGAUGAUCCCUGCACAGGGAAGAGCCGAGCUUGUAUACGGAGGAUGAGGCAGCAUACCUGUCCAUACAACUUGGAAAUUCUGAGUAGUUGCUAAUGGAAAUAGAAAUAUACAUAUAAUACAUUGCUGGCCAACAAUAGAAAAUAAAAUGCAAAGGUGAGUGUCAGGGGUUCAGAGAGAGAGGCACAGGGUAGGCAGGAGAUGGAGAGCGAGGGGGAGGAAUUCCAAGCCAGCGAGGAAGAGGAUGACAAUGACUCAAGGGAUUCCAUGAGUCUUUCCAGCGAAUCAGAGGAUUCCCAGAAGGGGGCGCCGGUGGUCAGGGCCAGGGAGCCCCAGGGGGGAAGUGUCAGGAGCAGGGUGCCAGCGGAGGAUCCCAAAGUGGCAGCUGGGCGUCAGGACCAGCCUCCCCACCAAAGUGCAGUGAAGGGGGUGGAGUUUCCAGUGUGUCAGAGGAAGCAGCUCCAGCAGCAGAGAAAGGAGGGGGGUCAGAGCAAGCCGCCCUCCCGGAAGGGGAGGGGAGCAGUGAAGGGAGUAGUGUAACUGUCAAAAGGGAAGUUAGAGGUUUGGCGCGCGCGCCAAGUUCAAAUGUAGAGGCGCGCGGAAAUGCAGGGAGUGCGGAGGAGGGGCCAGGUCCCAAAGCCCGCAGGAGGGGGGAAGAGCAGUCUGGGGAUUCAGCGUCAGAGGAAUCCAGAAGGGGCGCAACCCCAGGGGGCAGAAGGACCCUGCGGAAAAGGAAGGAGAGAAAGAGGUGGAGCAGCGCAAGUCUCUUAAAUUGGUGCAGAGGAGGAACUGACUCAGAAGGGGACUUCGGCGGUCUAGCGUAAGAGACGUAAGGCUGCGCGCCUAGGAUGUCAAGCAACCAUGAACUGCAAUAAACACCUUUGUAUACAAGAAGACGUAGGCGUUGGUCUUUUGUGAGCUAAGACUUGAGGCAGCCUUGACAGUGAGAAUUGCAGGCUGUAUCUAAUGCUGCUCCUUGCACCAACAGAAGGCUCUUUGAUCAAUUGUAGAGAAAACUGGAAGGGAAGUGAUUUCCCCCACAUCUUAGACUUUUCCGGAGGUUCUCUUAACUCCUUAAAGUAGAUUUUGGGCACAUGCGUAGGGCAUCACCAGGAGGGGGUAAUAUCAUCUCCCUCCCUAUUCCACUGGCAAAAUCCUCUGCUGAAUCAAAAAGCCUUCUGUCAGCACAAGGGACUCCAUUUGAUACAACCUGUGCAACCGAAAACCCCUCACAUCGGAAAAUUGUGAUGAAAUUUCAGAGUAUAGACUAUUUGUCAGGAGAGCUGUAUAGAACUAACAUGCCUAUCUAUUAUUUAGAAAGGUUACAUUCUGUUCUAAUUUGGGUGUCCCUUUUUUAUUUUAAAAAAAGAAAAGUUAACUAUCUUUCAGAGUGGAAGUAUUUUCUAUAUAAUACAACAGUAUUUUUACUCUGUGAUUCUCUUAGGCCUUACUUCUGUGAUGACUGUAUAUGAACCAUAUAUUAAGACAUAUCCAUAAGAGUACACAAGCUUUAAUAUGUGUUGUUUUAAUGUUUGUGUUAAUGCUCCAUAUUAUUUUCCAAACUGUACUCUGAAAAACAGCUUGUAGUCAUAAAACCCAGAGUUCUGCUGUAUCUGACAAAGGAACUUAGUGAUAUACAAUUGAACCUUGGUUCUCGAACCUAAUCCAUUCCAGAAGUCCGUUUGACUCCCGAAACGUUCAAAAACCAAGGAGCAGCUUCCAGUUGGUGCAGGCACCCUGGAAACAGUAGCUGACAGCCGCAUCAGACAUUCGGCUUCUGGAAAAAGUUCGGGAGCCAAUUUGUUCGUCAGCUAAGCCGUUCGAGAACCAAGGUUCCACUGUAUCUAUUUAUACUUUCUUUUGAUCCAGAAGUAGCCCCAUUUGUAGAGCCAGAUUUUCCUUUAAAUUACAUUGACUGAUUUAAUGCCUAUAAGCAUCAUUAAUUUGUGUAUUUUGAUAGGUAAGAGAAAAAGUCACAUCGGAGGAAGCUAUUGAAGUAAAACUGCUGGAGAAAGACAAGGAAGGAGUUGUGAAUUCCCAGCUGCAGUGGCAACUUAACCUUCUGGCCCACGUUGAGUCUCUGCAAGAUGAAGUUACUCAUAGGAUGGAUUUAAUUGAAAAGGAGCUGGAUGGUAAUGAUUUGUUCUUCCCUUUACAACCUUUGCCAGCUUACAAAGUUAUCUUUCCAGCAGCUGGUGGAGCAUGAGACUCUUAAUCUCAGGGUCAUGGGUUUGAGCCCCAUGUUGGGCAAAGAGAUUCCUGCAUUGCAGGGGGUUGGACCAGAUGACCCUUGUGCUUCCUUCCAACUCUAUAAUUCUAUGUAACUUGUAAACACAUUCAAAUUUCUUUCAACCUCUUUCCUAAUAAUUCUUUGGCAUAGCUACCAUGCUCAGAAUUCAUAUUGUCAUUGAGCUAUCCACCACAGCCCAAUAUAUGCCUUUCCUGUGUAGCCAUUGCCACUUGAAAUCCCAAGAGUGUACUUGGGAAGUUACGAAUUUUUUUGCCUUAAUUGUGCACCACUUUAUAGUUUUGAACCCCAUUUGCCAUUUUCUUGCUCAUUCAUCUAGAAUGAGGAGAGUCUUUUGGAGCCGUCACAGUCUACCUGAAUUUUCACUAUAAUAAAUCCAGAUAAUUUGGUUUCUGCAAAUUUGCCCACUUCAGUGUUCAUCCCUAGUCUAUGGAUGAAAAGGUUAAAUAGCAUUGGCUCCGAUAACACCAUCACUCCAUAGUGGAUAAGUGGUGGGAGCUUAUUCCUGUUCUCUGUUUUCUUUUUAGCCAUUUACUAAUCCAUAGCACCGCCUGCCUUCUUACUCUAUGACUUUACUUGCAAACCUUUGAGGAACCACCCUGACAAAAAGCUUUUGGCAAGUCCAAGCAUAUGAUCCUACUGGAUCACCACAUCCAUGCGCUUAUUGGCAGAAUUUCAAAAUGUGAUGAGGCAGAACUGUCUUCCCUUUGUAGAACCCAUUCUGAUUUGUUCUUUUUAUAUAUUUCAUUUUUCUAGCAGAUACUCUGGUACAAACGUUAAGCUAACUGGCCUGUGAUUUCCCAGAGCCUUUUUAAAAAAUUGACAUUUUGUUGGCUAUUUUCCAAUCCUCUAGUACAAAUUAGUUACCAGUGACUGAUGUGUGCACAUUUUUAAACAUUAUUCUUUUUUUCUUCCAGUUUUGGAGAGCUGGUUGGAUUAUACUGGAGAGCUGGAGCCACCAGAACCACUAGCUAGACUCCCCCAACUCAAACAUUGUAUAAAACAACUCCUCACAGACUUGGGCAAAGUGCAACAAAUAGCACUUUGCUGUUCCACAUGA